AUGGAUGCCCGCUACUCUCCCCAACCACCACCUCGUUCGUAUAGUACGUUGGAUGUGGAUUGUAUGGAGGGAUUGGUCGGACCACAACCUCAGAAGAGUCCUUUGACUAAGCAAGUCAAUCAACUCUCCUAUGAGAUCCCCAAGAACAAGUAUGCACAAAAUCCAUGGAAUUAUGCACCUGAGUUUCUAAAGGUAUUCGGUGAUGUGCGUACCCACAUUGGUGGAAAAGCAGUGUUUGACUGCGUUCUUUUGGGCAGUCCUCGACCUAAGGUUUGUUGGUUGUUUAAUGAAGAUCGACUCCGCUUUACGGAUGUCGUCAUCGAAGACACAUCGGAUGUAUGCCGUCUAACCAUUCCGUAUGUUCAGCCACAUCAUUAUGGAGAAUUUACUGUGCUCUGUGAGAAUGAAGUUGGAAGAGCGGUAGCAUCAGCUCAAUUGCUGCCAUUGUAA